GAUUGUUGUUGAGGGAAGUGUUCGGCACACGCGGUGGACAUUAUGUUGAGUUAAUGGUUAACGUAAUAGUUGCAGCAAGCAAGCUAACUCGGAGUAUUUCGCCUUUCAGUAAUUCAGUUCAACGCAAGGUAUGCUGCUGUUUUAAACGUACGUAUAUCUCCUACAAGAUAGCUUGCUCUAUGCUAACGUUAUUAUACGUGCUUAGAUGUUUUAACGCAAUCCCUGCCAAAACCGUGGACCUGAGAAGGCGUUUGUCAAUCUGAGAAACAACUGUGUGCCAUGGCAUCAGACUGGUUGGGCAGUCUCGUGUCCAUAAACUGUGGAGCCACGCUUGGUGUAUACCAGGGAGAGGUCUCUGCUGUUGACCCAUCCAGUCAAACACUCUCCCUGAGACAGCCAUUCCACAAUGGUAUCAGAUGUUCUGUACCCGAGGUUACAUUUAGUGCCAUGGACAUUAAAGACCUCAAGAUCCUGGACAUCCCUAAUGUUAGAGGAACCAUGAACAAUAACACUGAAGCCAAGCCAUCCACUCUGCCUGCCGAGGAGAAAGGCCCUGUGGCCAAGAGUGCCCCCAUCACCAUCCUACGCAGAGGAACACCUCUGAACUCUAAAGCUCCGUCCCAGCCCCCCCUCCAAGCUCCCCCCCGGAGGAACGCCCCCCGGAGCAGCUCGACAGGCGCCCUCAGCCGCCCAAAGGAUGACGAUUGUUUCGGCGACGGGACGGAAGAAAGCCUGGACACGGACUUUGACUUCGAGGGCAACCUGGCCCUCUUUGACAAGGCUGCCGUGUUCUCGCAGAUGGAGCGCCAUGGCAACGGGCCACGGCAGCGGACCGCGCCUGGCAACCCAUCCGCACCCUCCUACCGGCACAACGAGAACGUCCUGGAGGGCCAACCGGUGGUGUACAGACGGAUCACAGUUCCCCAGUAUGGGGGGAAAGAGUACUGCACUGACUCGGGGCUGGUGGUGCCCAGCGUGUCCUAUGAGCUGCACAAGCGUCUGCUGCGGGUCAGUGAGGAGCACGGCAUCUCUCUGGAGCGCAGACUGGAGGUCACCGGAGUGUGUGCCUGCCAGAUGGCCCUCACACUACUGGGAGGGCCCAACCGACUGAACCCCAAAAACGUGCACCAGCGCCCCACGGUGGUGCUCCUGUGUGGGCCGCACGUGCAGGGGGCCCAGGGGGUCAGCUGCGGUCGUCACCUGGCCAACCACGAGGUGGAGGUCAUUCUCUUCCUGCCCAACUUCGUCAAGAUGCAAGAGGCCCUCACUCAUGAGCUCAGCCUGUUCGGACGGGCCUGGGGCAAGCAGGUGUCCGGCAUCAGAGAUCUGCCAGUGAGCCCGGUCGACCUGGUGAUCAACUGCCUUGACUGCCAUGAGAACCCGCACCUGAGAGAGCAGCCUUGGUACCGGGCAGCAGCCGAGUGGGCCAACCAGAACCGGGCCCCGGUCCUGAGCAUCGACCCGCCAGUCACCGGGCAGAGCCAGGCCCAGGCCCAGGACCAGGGCCCGGCUGUGGAGGCCAAGUGGUCGCUGUGCCUGGGCCUCCCCCUGGCGCUGGGCGAGGGCGCCGGCCGGGUGUACCUGUGCGACGUGGGGCUGCCCAGAGAGGUGUUCCAGGCCGUGGGCAUCAACUACCUGUCGCCCUUCGGCUGCAAGUUCGUCAUUCCCCUGCAUUCAGCCUAGCUGUCGAGAGAUGUUACAUUUCGCCCGGUAGGCACACACACACACACACACACACACACACACACAGACACGCUCUCUCAAUACAAAAGGCACAGUUAGCCUAUAAAGACUCAAAACACACGCACACAUGUUCUCCAGUUUGUUACACACACAUACACACCUCUGUCUCAAGAGUGAGAUUAGCUACAGUAUGUUAGGGGUGAAUGCACAUAUCUGGACAGAGACCUCCCUUUAGAUGUAGCACUGCAAAAUGGCUUUGUGCUACUACUCCUCUUCUGUUGAGACUUCUCAGGAGGCGGUGGCAAAAGCAGAUGGUUUGGCUCAUAUGGCACUUUACCUGAUGAGGCACUUUAAUAGUCUGCUGCUGUAGGACUCUGUUUGUGUUCUUGGUGGAGGGGGGGGGGGGCAGUUAGGGGCAUUAGGGGUUCACUAGGGUUCAGUGAUCGCGUGCGGACGCUCUUCAGAGGAGGAAAGACCAUCAGAGCCGCACUUCCUGUCUCUUUUGUGUGCGUGGGGACACAGCUCUAACCGUGACCGUGGCAACCUUAGAGUCAGAGGCUGUUUACCAAAGACGGACCACUGUUAGUGGCACCUGACCUCUUGACCCCUCCUCUUUGACCCUUAUGAUUGGCUGGGGCCUCCUGGUGCACUUCCUUUUUCCUGCGCCCGAGUUUUGUGUGGGGGAGAGCCCUGACACAUUGACCCAUAGUAAAGCACUGCAUUCAAAUGCUUAACACCAAUACCUAAGCCAUGGACAACAGUUUGUCUGACUUGACAGUUUUGUUUGGUUCUGGAACUUUCCCCUCGUCCCCUUCAGUCACCGUAUUGCAGUUUAUUAGUUAAGUAUGUCUUCCUCUCAGUUCAACAGCAGGGAACACUGUAUAAGCUAAACAAUUACUUUGCGACAGCAGUCAGAACAAAGGGUAAGUGAACACACUUAUUAUGGAAAUAGUAAGUUCAUGAGUUUACCCCCACAGGAACUUAAUAUUUCUGAGAAAGAGAUUGCUGUAGAGAUUUCCUGAAUAUCUUUUUGGUUAGUCCCCAUGAGGCCUUAGCAGUGAGAUCUGCACUGACCUGGCAAUCAGGUGUUUUGGAAUUUCAAUUACAAAUGUUUAGUUGAUGUCUGUUCACUUUUUUUGUGUAUAGCGGGGCAUUUUUUCCCCCUGCCCUAUUUUUCAGCUAAAUGUAGUCUACCUCCACGCAAAUGUGUGCCUGCAGUCAAUUUCUAGUCUAGUGAUAUUGAGCCACACUGAAGGAACAUGUUGGCAAGUUUGAAGUCCCAUAGUGAAAUUGACAUGCGUUGUUCAUCAUGACAUUGAAUGUGAUUAUCACAUGUCUCACGUGUUUUGGCAAACUUUAAUCCGAGUGUUAUCUGAAUAGCAACAUAAAAAAGCAUACCCAUUCAGUACCAUUGCCAGUAUUGCCAGUCAUUAUAGUUGAAGAAGAUUACUUUACUUAUUAGGCUGGUGAUGCAGUCAGUGGUUGUAUUGUGAAGUGAGUGCCUCUUUGGAGCCUUUUUUUCAUUAAGUGGCCAUUAUUAACACAGGGCUGAUGUCACUGGCAACAGGUUAUACUACUUGCCCAGUGAUGAAAGAUGUGCCCUAUAUGCCUUCUGCUCAUUUAGCAGACACUUGGCAUUCAAACGCAGCUUACAGUGCAAGUAGAUCUCGCUAUACUACUGUGUGUGUGUGUGUGUGUGUGUGUGUGUGUGUGUGUGUGUGUUCAUGCCACAGCAAUCAAUUAUUUGAUGAUCAUCAUGGCAUCAUCUGGGGAGGAAUGUUCUUCUGCCAUUUCAAGUUGUUUAGGUCCACACCGUUUUGCUACAUUGUCCUGUAGUGCACUGGUGAAUAGCACUUUAAUUUGUUGAAUUGUUACAUUUGUACACAUGUUGUGUGUAAACUAACACAAUCUGUUGUGUCCAUCUGCACUUUAUUGUGAAUUCAUUAAAUGAGUUUUUCCAACCA